AGGGGCGGCGCGCGCUGGCCGGCGGCUGCCGGGCCCCGGCCUCCAGUCCCGCCGUGCGCCCGACAUGCCGGAGGAGGCGGGCUUCCCGCCGGCCAAGAGGUUCCGGCCGGGCUGCGGGCCCCCCGGGGGGCGCGUGGUGAUGCUGCUGACCGCGGGCGGCGGCGGGGGCGGCCGGAGGCAGCAGCCGGCCCUGGCCCAGCCCGCGGCCAGCCCCUACCCCGAGGCGGUGGAGCGCCAGCGCCGGGGCCUGCCCAUCUUCCCGGCGCGGGGGCAGCUGCUGGCCCAGCUCCGAAACCUGGACAGCGCCGUCCUCAUCGGGGAGACCGGCUCUGGGAAGACGACUCAGCUCCCUCAGUACCUCUACGAGGGGGGGAUCGGCCGCCAAGGUGUCAUUGCGGUGACCCAGCCUCGUCGGGUGGCUGCCAUUUCGCUUGCCUCUCGGGUCUCGGAUGAGAAGAGAACUGAACUCGGGAAGCUGGUUGGCUACACCGUGCGCUUUGACGAUGUCAGCUCCGAGGACACCAGGAUCAAGUUUCUGACAGAUGGCAUGCUUCUGCGGGAAGCGAUUUCGGACUCGCUGCUCCGGAAGUACAGCUGUGUCAUUUUGGACGAAGCCCACGAACGGACCAUCCACACGGACGUGCUCUUCGGGGUCGUGAAGGCGGCGCAGAAGCGGAGGAAGGAGCUGGGGAGGCUGCCUCUCAAAGUGAUCGUGAUGUCCGCCACGAUGGACGUGGACCUGUUCUCUCAGUAUUUCAGCGGGGCGCCCGUGCUCUACCUGGAGGGUCGGCAGCAUCCCAUCCAGGUGUUUUACACCCGGCAGCCUCAGCACGACUACCUGCACGCCGCCCUGGUCUCCGUCUUCCAGAUCCACCAGGAGGCCCCGCCCGCCCAGGACAUCCUGGUGUUCCUCACCGGCCAGGAGGAGAUCGAGGCCAUGAGCAAGACCUGCCGGGACAUCGCCAGGCACGUCCCGGACGGCUGCCCCUCCAUGCUCGUGCUGCCCCUGUACGCCUCCCUGCCCCACGCCCAGCAGCUCCGCGUCUUCCAGGGGGCCCCGAAGGGCUGUCGCAAAGUGAUCAUUUCCACCAACAUCGCCGAAACCUCCAUAACCAUCCCGGGAAUAAAAUACGUAGUCGACACAGGCAUGGUUAAAGCGAAGAAGUAUAACCCUGACAGCGGCCUGGAGGUGCUGGCCGUGCAGCGCGUCUCAAAGACCCAGGCCUGGCAGCGCACGGGCCGGGCCGGCAGGGAGGACAGUGGCAUCUGUUACCGGCUCUACACGGAGGCCGAGUUCGAGAAGUUUGACAAGAUGACGGUGCCGGAGAUCCAGAGGUGUAACCUGGCCAGCGUGAUGCUGCAGCUCCUGGCAAUGAAAGUCCCCAACGUGCUCACCUUUGACUUCAUGUCCAAGCCCUCCCCAGAGCACGUCCAGGCGGCCGUGGGGCAGCUGGAGCUGCUGGGCGCCCUGGAGCGGAGGGACGGCCAGCUCACCCUGACCCCGCUUGGAAGGAAGAUGGCAGCUUUCCCCUUAGAGCCCCGGUUUGCCAAAGCCAUCCUCCUGUCCCCCAAGUUCCACUGCACGGAGGAGAUGCUGACCAUCGUGUCCCUGCUGUCCGUGGACAGCGUUCUGUACAACCCGCCCGCCCGGCGGGAUGAGGUGCAGGCCGUCCGCAGGAAGUUCGUGUCCAGUGAGGGCGACCACGUCACGCUGCUCAACGUGUACCGGGCCUUCAGAAACGCCAGCGCAAACAAGGACUGGUGCAAGGAGAAUUUUGUCAACGCCAAGAACAUGAUGCUGGUAGGCGAAGUCCGAGCACAGCUGAGGGACAUCUGCCUGAAGAUGUCGAUGCCGAUGGCGUCCUCCCGCGGGGACACGGAGAGCGUCCGCCGCUGCCUGGCCCACAGUCUGUUCAUGAGCAGCGCCGAGCUGCAGCCUGACGGCACCUUCGCCACCACGGACACGCACCAGCCAGUGGCCGUCCACCCCUCAUCCGUCCUUCUGCACUGCCGGCCGGCCUGCGUCGUGUACACUGAGCUGCUCUGCACCAGCAAGUGCUACAUGCGGGGCCUGAGCGUGGUGGACGCGGAGUGGCUGUACGAGGCCGCCCCCGACUACUUCCGGAGGAAGCUCCGGGCUGCCCGGGACUGAGCCCGCUGGGGCCUGGGGCACCCACGGUGCUGGGGCGUCGCGGCCUGACUGCCAGGAGCUCGAACCGUGUGUGUUCCGACCCCCGAGGCCGAGCCGCGCACACGGGCACCAACCUUCACGUGGUGGGGACCUCGGCGUCGUGCGUUCGGUCCCUGCUCGGUGGCUCUGGGUGACCGUGAGCCUCACUCCGCCGCCGCCGCCAGGUGGGGGCUGAGUGGUAGGAGCAGAGCUGACGGGGUCGGGUCGGGUCUGGGGCAGGGAGGGAGCGAGCCCGGGUCCCCCCCAGCCCGCCACACGGCUGUCUCUGUGGUGGGACUUGGGGCCAGAGUCCCCUGAGUCCUGGUGAGUGAGGGGCUUUCUGGAAGGGACCGUACAUAGCAGCUCGCCGAGCUCAGAUUUCCUGUCGUCUGUCUGCAACUUCUAUAGAAGCUUGAGGAGGGAGUCCCCCUGCCCUCCCUCCUGAACGUCGUCCCGGGGCCCCAGGGUCCCCGGGUGUAGGUGUCACUCUUGCCUCCGUGCAGGGGACAGCCAGGCGCUUGCGGGUCCGCAGGGCCCCUGUGGCACAGACCCCGUCCGCACUUUUGGGAGACGGACUUUCCGGGUGAAGGCUGAUUUGUAGCUUCUGAAUCAUGUCGGGUGUAGGUGCGGGAAACUGGCCUCGUGGUAGGUGGCUCCAUCGCGGCCCGAAGCCCCUUUUCUCUGGAGCUGGACACGUGUGACCCCACGGGCGCCAGGGCUGGCUGCCCCCUCUCUGGCGCUGCCCCUGGCCUAUCACUGUGGCGGCGGCCGGGUGUAGGGGGCCGGCUCGUCCCACCCACCCCAUGUGGACUCUGCACUUGCGUCGCAUGUCGUCUGGGCCCCUUCUCCUUCCUGGGGACGUGGGGAUAGCCCGGCCUCACUGCUUCCGGCCUGUGCAGACGCCCCUCCAGCCUCAGUUUCCACGGUUGUUACAGGGACUCGCAGGGUCUCCACAGUCCCUCCCCCGCCCUGUGUCCUGAGAAGGGAAAAGUCACCUAAGGCGGCUCUUAGCCACUUAAUUAGGAAAAGCAAGUCAUCCUGCCCCAGACAGCGUCUUGCCCUAAAAGAAGCUGAUUUUGCCCUUUUUCUGUGUUUCAUUGGCCUCCACCGAGACAGCCCUUCUUCCGGCCGAGCACCGGCCGAGCCCAGGCAGCCGCGUGUUGGGUCAGGGUGCGGCCCGUCUGGGCACCUGGACCGACUUCCGUUAGAAACUGACAUGCAGGCCAGAUGGGAUCCGACGGGUCCGAGACGCCCCGUUUUAACUGAAUUCCUUCCUCAGACCACCUCGUUCUUUACGGUUACUGACUUUCUGACGGGUUUUUCAGAAAAUUUUUUUUAGUAUAUUUUUCUCACUUCUUAAUAGAGGUCUGGGACGCUCAGCCUGACUUGGUAAAAGAAAAAAAUUGUAUUUUUAAUAAAACAUGAAACACGUUGGUAAAAGAGUUGGGAGUGGGUCAUUAUGUUCCUCAGAAUUUGUUCCGCAGAUUCUGUCUGGAGUGAUCCCUGGGGUGAGGGAAGCUUCCCCUGCAGUCGCUCUGCCCUGCGUAGGUACAGAACACUUGCCAGAAAUGUGUGUUGUGUUCUGAGCAGGAGGAAGGGGUCAGUAGCCUCCAGAAAGCUUUAUGUUUCUGUACAGAAAUACCCUUACCACUGGAACAUUCUGGUAGAGUUUUAAUACAGUCGGUGUUUUUUACCGGGCUUUUAAAAAAGUUAAUUUUUAAUCUAGCUGCUCAGGGACUGAAUCAGAUUGGAGAACCCAUUCUGACUACAUAUGACUGCAGAGAAAUAAACGUCUAUUCGCAGGGCAUCUAGCACUUUCUUAAGAAAGUGAAAUGUUUCAUAUGACGUUGCGGAUACAAUCGUGAGUUCCCGCUGUACACCUGGUGAAACCUCUGGGUGAGACCCCUCUCCUCCACCCGUGAGAUCUCUGUCUGGACGGGCCACCAGCUCCCAGGGCAGCUUCACGGAAACACGCCCUCCAGCUGAUCGCACGCCUCCCGGGUCCGGGGCGGGAAGCGUGCGGGGACCCAGAGUCCCUCCUGGAGGCACUGCUGAGGCGCGGCCCUGGA